AAAAUGCGAAGCCAACUGUCCUGAAAAACGUCCCAUCCGAUUCGGUCCUUGAUCACAGUAUCGUCCCUAUCACCAAGCACUUCAAAACUGGAUCCUCCGGCUCUCUCUGAUCCGUCACCGAUCAAUCAUCAGAUUCCUCACCCCGAGCAAGCCACCACUCGAUGCGAAAUUCCUAACGAAACCCUAAUUGUCCAGAACCAAGUAGACGCGAGUCGAUCGGUGCAAAUUGACGAAAAAGGUUUGAUUUUUUCCGGUCGGAACGUCUAAAUUGCCAAGGAUUAAGUGAAAAGUUUGGCGCCUUGAACAGAGAAGCUCGUUCAGAUAGCGACUAGCGAGAGAGAAGAAGGGGAUCGCCGGUUCACCUGGAUCGAGUCCCGACCGCCGGUCAGGGUUGCGAAUCGGCCGCGGAUCCGGGUAACCGGGAGUUCCAGUUCCGUCCCACUAAAAAGCCGGCCCAAUCUCUGCACUUGACCGGGUCAACAGGAGAAAUAGGGACUAAAAAUGGAUGGACGGUAAAGAUAACCGGCUGACAGCUGCCCUAACCGGUCCGUCAGGUCACUCGCUCACGGUUUAUAUAUUCUCAUCGACCGCAAUUAACUCGGGUUUGCUUCCCUCCCGCUCGCUCCCUUCCUCUCUCUCCACCGGCCACCGGAGGCCCGACGACGAAGAGGCUUUGACAUUGUGCAUGAACAACUACGGAGUAGGAAAUAUGAUGGAGAUUGUGAGCGUUUGAAUAGCCGAAAAUGGCUUCCGGUUUGGACCCUGUGCCGCUAGCGCUGACCCGGCAAAAGACCGACCCGGCAUGGAAGCAUUGUCAAAUGUACAAAAGUGGGGAUAAAGUCCAGCUCAAGUGUUUGUAUUGUGGCAAACUAUUUAAGGGUGGUGGGAUUCAUAGGAUUAAGGAACAUCUUGCUGGUCACAAAGGUAAUGCGUCCACUUGCCUGCGAACCCCGCCAGAUGUCCGGCAACAAAUGCAGCAGAGUUUGGAUGGUGUUGUCGCGAAAAGGCGGAGAAAACAGAAGAUUGAUGAGGUCAUCUCCACUAUUAAUCCGCAGACCUCUAAUGAGGAGAUUGAUGCAUUUGCUGUUCAAAGUGAUGCCAAUGGUAAGGCAUCGAGUCCCAUUCGAGUUGCUGAACUUGACUUUGCUGAGGUUCACAAUGAAAGUGCCGACCCAAAUUUGAAUUCGUAUAUUAACCAAGAAGGCGGCAUUAACAAGAGUGGCGUGAGGAGAAAGAGAGCCAAAGGAAAGAGUAUUCCUGCAACUCCCGAAGGCAUGCAUCUCAGUGGCAUGGCACUGAGCACGAAGAAGGUAAAUAGUCAAAUUGAUACGGCAGUAGGCCAAUUCUUGUAUGAUAUUGGGGCAUCUUUAAAUGCAGUGAACUCGGUUUAUUUCCAACCGAUGUUUGAUGCAAUUGCUUCCGGUGGACCAGAUGUACUACCACCCACAUAUAAUGACCUUAGAGGCCCUAUUCUGAAGAGUGUACUUGAGGAAGUCAAGAAUGAUGCUACUAAGCACAAUGCAGCUUGGGGGAGAACAGGCUGCUCGUUGAUGGUCGAGCAAUUGAACACGGAGAUGGGCAGAACAUUUCUGAGUUUUUUUGUCUAUUCACCAGAAGGAACAGUGUUCCUAAAAUCUGUUGAUGCAACUGAUUUCGUGCAUUCCUCAGAUAUUUUGGUUGAAGUACUCAAGCAGGUAGUAGAAGAAGUAGGUGUAAAAAAUGUAUUGCAAGUGAUUACAAAGGGUGAAGAACAAUACAUGGUUGCUGGGAAAAAGUUGAUGGAUAUCUUCCCUACUCUCUAUUGGAGUCCUUGUGCAGCUGAGUGCAUUGAUUUGAUACUCAAAGAUUUUGAGAACCUUGAAUGGAUCAGUGCAGUUAUUGAACAAGCUCGUUCUAUCACAAGGUUUAUAUAUAAUCAUGCCGUUGUUCUGAAUCUUUUGAGAAGGUAUACCUUUGGUAACGAUUUAAUAGAAAUUGCUGGAAGUCGAUCUGCUACUAAUUUCGCAACAUUGAAAAGGAUGGUUGAUCUUAAACCCAAUUUGCUGGCCAUGGUCACUUCACAGGAAUGGGUUGAUUGCCUGUAUGCAAAGAAGCAGGAGGGUCUAGAACUGUUAGAUUAUGCAAAUAACGAAUCAUUUUGGUCCUCUUGCAAUCUCAUCACCCGUUUAACGAGUUCACUCAUGCGGCUUCUUAAAAUUGUUAGCUGUGGGAAGAAGCCUGCAGUGGGAUAUGUUUAUGCAGGAAUGUACAAGGCAAAAGAAGCGAUUAAGAAGGAACUCCUGAAAAGGGAAGAUUAUGUGGCGUACUGGGACAUAAUAGAUCACCGGUGGGAGCGCCACUGGAGUCUUCCGCUUCAUGCGGCAGGAUUCUACCUAAACCCCAAAUUUUUCUAUAGCAUUGAGGGAGAUAUACCCAGUGAGAUCAUUUCAGGGAUGUUUGACUGCAUAGAGAGAUUGGUUGCCGAUACAAAAGUCCAAGAUAAAAUAAUCAAAGAGAUAAAUUUGUACAAAAGUGCUGCUGGAGAUUUGGGGAGGAAGAUGGCAAUUAGAGCUAGAGAAAGUAUACUUCCUGCUGAAUGGUGGUCGACAUAUGGAGGAGGUUGCCCAAAUUUGAUGCGAUUAGCUAUCCGAAUUCUAAGUCAGACUUGCUGUGCAAUUGGAAGUAAACGGAACCUUAUCUCUCUUGACCAAAUUCAUGAAUCGAGGAAUUGCUUAGAGCAUCAACGACUCAGUGAUCUGGUCUAUGUCCACUACAACUUGCAGCUGAGAAAAGUUGGCAAUGUGGGAGGAAGUCCCAUGGACCCCAUUUCUUUAGAAAGCCGAAAUCUUGUAGAGGACUGGAUCAUGGGUAAGGAUUCGAGUGCGGAGGAAUAUUCGAGUUCAGAUUGGAUGGCGCUUGAUCCUCCUUCAGUGAGCUCGCUGCUUUUAGGAGCUGCAACUAGUGAGACUGAAGACUUGGAUACAGGUUUCAAUGAUCUUGAAAUCUUGAAUAGAUUGAAGGAUGGAGAAGACGAUAAUGUUGAGGACAAUGCUGCAAAUUAGUGGAGCAGCAUUCCAAGGUCUAAGUUGUUACCACCUGUAUAUGUACCAAUGCUAGAUGCAAGCUUUUAGUGAAGUAGCGAGCUGUACAUUACAUUUUUAUUGAUAUCUGGGAAAGAUUUACGUAUAUUCGAUGAAUGUGGGCUAAGAUAGCUCGGAUUAGCAUAUCUAUAUAUUAGGCGGAAUUGUAAUGCAGAGUUGAGAUUUAAGUUCAUUGUUCACAAUGGAGCUUUAUUGUACUUAAUUUUCUUCUUCAA